AAUCUAGUCUGUCCUGUUGUCGACGGUAGACGUAGUGAGGCGGUCCGGAUCAGGGUUCUAAAAAAAAAAAGAAGUAGUUCUUCAGUCAGUUUUGUUGUAUUAUUUCAAAUUGUACCUUGGAAAUUAACGUCUGGCUUAAACUAUGGCUUCUUCGGAUGUUGCCCGUCAGCCGGAUAAAGGAGUCCGGCCCUUGUCCCUGGCUGGCCAUGUGGGCUUUGACAGCCUCCCGGAUCAGCUUGUCAACAAGUCCAUCUGCCAGGGCUUCUGCUUCAAUAUACUCUGCAUCGGUGAAACUGGUAUUGGCAAGUCUACCCUGAUGGACACUCUGUUUAAUACCAACUUUGAGAACUUUGAGUCAUCCCACUUUGAGCCUCAGGUGAAGCUGCGGGCUCAAACCUAUGAUCUUCAGGAGAGUAACGUCAGACUACGCCUCACUGUGGUCAACACCGUGGGCUUUGGAGACCAAAUGAACAAACAAGAGAGCUAUCAGCCAGUGGUGGACUACAUCGACAGGCAGUUUGAGAGUUAUCUGCAGGAAGAGCUCAAAAUCAAGCGCUCUCUUCACAACUACCAUGACUCGCGAGUCCACGCUUGCCUUUACUUCAUCUCCCCCUCAGGUCAUUCACUCAAAUCCCUGGACCUGGUCACCAUGAAAAAACUAGACAGCAAGGUGAACAUCAUCCCGGUGAUCGCCAAAGCUGACACCAUCAGUAAGAGCGAGCUGCACAAGUUCAAGAUCAAAAUCAUGAGUGAGCUGGUCAGCAAUGGUGUCCAGAUCUACCAGUUCCCCCUGGAUGAUGAGACCGUAGCUAAAGUCAACACUACAAUGAAUGGUCAUUUGCCAUUUGCUGUAGUUGGCAGCACAGAGGAGGUCUCUGUUGGCAAUAAGAUGGUGAAGGCUCGUCAAUAUCCCUGGGGUGUAGUACAAGUGGAGAACGAGAACCACUGUGACUUUGUGAAGCUGAGGGAGAUGCUGAUCUGUGUCAACAUGGAGGACCUGAGAGAGCAGACUCACACUCGCCACUAUGAACUGUACAGACGUUGCAAACUGGAGGAGAUGGGAUUCAAAGACACCGGCCCAGAGUGCAAACCUGUCAGCUUGCAGCAGACCUACGAGGCCAAGCGUCAGGAGUUUCUGGUGGAGCUGCAGAAGCGAGAGGACGAGAUGAGGCAGAUGUUUGUGCAGAGGGUGAAGGAGAAGGAGUCUGAGCUGAAGGAAGCUGAGAGAGAUCUGCAAGGUCGUUUUGAGCAGCUGAAGCGCCUCCACGCAGACGAGAAAGCAGCCCUGGAGGAGAAGAAGAGACUCCUGGACGAUGACCAGAGUUCCUUCAGCAAGAGACGAGCUGCCGCCCAGCUCCUGCAGGCCCAGAGCCUCACUGCCAACGGCAAGAAGGACAAGGACCGCAAGAACUCUGGCUUCAUGUGAAGAGGGAUCUGAAGUACACUCCAGUAUGACCAGUAUAACCAGUGACAUUCUGCCCACAUCCUUUUCCAGCCCUUUUUGGGCCAGUCUCUAACACUAACCAGGAAACGGCCCACACGAACCAGCAGUGUGUGCCAGUGUGAGUUUGAUUUUGUGCCAAAGUUUAAUGACUGUACCCUUGAACCCUGAGUACACUUUCCUCAAUGGUAUUUUUAAUCUUCUUUGUGGGUUUUUUUUUUUACCUGUGUGUUAUAUUUUAUAUUUAUCCUUUUUUUAAUAUAAAACUCUUUAAUUUUUUUUUUCCAUAUACCUCCCCUUUUUUUUACUACUUCUGCUUUUGCCCAGACUGAGGGACACCUCAGUGUGUUGAUCCUCCCACAGCCUCCUCACUUGGAAUAACAAUACACUGAAAGGUUCUUCUUCAGUAGCGUUUAAUCUGCCUGCCAUGUCUAUAGUGAAUUAUGCUUAAUGAGUUGUAAUGCAGUCCAAUGACUGUGGUAAUGAGACAGACAUCUGUCACGGGCUUGUAAUUUAUUGUAAAGCCCCUUUCAGACAUGCUUGACUUCAUGAGGAGAUUUACAUACAUUUUUGUCUCAAUGUCGGAACAAACACCCAAAUCACAGAAAUACUGGAGCCUUCUGAUCUAAAUUGUUUUCUCUCCUCUGUUUAUGACUAAAGAACAGUUGAAAUAAAGGAUCAUGCCUGGAUAAUCUUUUAAGUUCCUUAAAGGUCCAAUUUAUAAGAAUGUCCACCUGGACACACACUGACCGUCAGAAUUUCACAAGCUGGGAAUGACACUCAAAAAUUUCAUUUCUUAUAAAUUGGAUCUUUAAGAUGAUACAAUGGUAACAGUUUUAAAUUACCUUUUUUAAAUUUAAAUGUUUUCAGAAAAAACAAAGAAAACAACUGAACAGUUUUUUUUCUCCAUCUGUUCUGAAGUCAGGGAGAAAACAAUUUAGAUUCCACUUAUAAAAAUGUUACACUUGUUUUUUUUGUUUUUUUUUCGAACGUACCACCCGGGCUUCCAUACAAACCACCAUAAAUGAGAAAAAUAACAUUUCCAGAGGAGAGGACUCUGUUUUCAUUCCUCCUCUUGUUUGUGGUGGAGAAAGAUACCUUAAGAUACAUCAUGUCACCACCUAACAGCUUGUUAUUUUAAACUAAUCUGGCAUUGUCAGAUUGUGUGAAAUAGGCUGCGGAAUGUAAUGCUCCAUACAUAAUUGAUGACAAAUUUAUCAGCAAAUCUACAGGGUUGAAUAGACGUGGUGCGAACCAGAAGGGAGCGGGUCAUUAAUGGAGAUGGAUAAUAGAGAGAGGAACAAUUGACAAUCCAUCACUUUUAUUAUUUGUUCAACUCACAGCUGUUCUCCAGCAGCUCUGCCACUGCAGUGACAAGAAAUAUAGUGUGAGCGCUGCAGCUCGGUGUGUAAUAAUCCUGUCCUGUUUCACUAGAUCCUUUGAAUGCUCUUAACUUAACAGAUUUGCAGUUAAAUCCAGCGAUGCCAUAGAAUCCAUGUCUGAAAAGGGCUCAUUUAUGAAAGCAUGAUCACACGGCAUUUUAAUUCCUUAUCCAUUUGCCGUUUUAUGCCAGAUAUUUUGCUUUUCUCACACCUCCUUUAUGUUAUAAGUUACGAGCACACCAGCAUUACAAAAACCUGCAGGAGACGCACUGAUCCUCCUGUUGUUUUAAAGGGAAAGAGUCAUUUCUGAACUUUUAUCAUCCAUCUCAACACAGUUUUACAGUUUUCUAGGAACUUGAGGUUGAGGUUUGGUUUUGGAUCUGGUACAUAUUACUGCAUAUAUUUAUAUAAAUAUAUAUAUAUUGUGUUUUACUUGCUCCCUUAUCUUUUUUUCAGUUGAAGUCUGUCUGAAAAGAGCUGACUCAUGGAGAAAAUGUCAGUGUUUGUUGAGGGAAUGCAGGAAGGGAAGUGGAGCGGAUGCAUCUGUGACUGUAUUUUUUUAUCAUUCUGUUCACUUCUCUGUGGAGACGGGGGGUUUAACACCUCAGCAUUUAAACAGUGCAGAAUAAACCAGUAAAACUCUGUGCUGCUGAUUUCCAUUUACCCACAGACACUGACACUUUAUAUUCACACUAGUACUUCCGAUGUGUUAGUGCCUUAUCUGUGUGAAGCCUGUGUAGAAAUACACUAUCUGCUUAACUUGUACAUCCAGGGAAACACACAGUGCCUAAUGGAGUAACACUUGUCUAAGACACUUUGGUACUACACUUGUAUUUAAGGACUAAACAGUGUUAUCUGGGAGCUUUUUUUUCUUUCUUUCUGAAUAAAUUUUUGUAUUUUUGUCAUGAUA